AUGUGGGCUCGACGCCUUGGUGUUCCGCAUCUAUGGCCGUCUCGAGUGAAGGUGUUCUUCCUUGCAAUUUUGACGUCCGUCUUUAAUUUCAGCGUGUUCCAAUACCUGCACAAUGCCAACGUGGCGUAUCUGAACUUGGCAUCGCCAUCUUCCAACGAGAUCGUGUGCAAGCUACCGAGGGAGGAGUGCGCUAGCAAUCCAGAUCCGGCAAGAUGCACCGUGGACUUGGAGGAGGACCAGUUUCCCCAGUUUCAACUCAAGGUUCCUCUGCAGCACACGGGCCCAAGCAAAAACUUGGUGAAGUGUUUCAUGGCAGUUCCUUCGGAAGCCCCUCCUUGGGCCCCUUGGGUGAAGAGCUUGCGCCGCCUGCGAGUUCUUCUCUCCGAAGAAAGUGACAUCGCCCGAGGCCUCUUGGACGCAACCGGCAGCCGGGCCCAGGAUGGCUUUGUGAGUAGCGACGAGCCGGAGAUCGAGAUUCCAGACCGCGAGCUUUCGAACCAUGAUAGCCUUCGCGAGAAGCAGCUGAAGCUCGCACUGGCAGAGCUGCUCGAGUCGAGCGAGUCUCAGGAAAGACAGGAGGUCGGACUCCUUGCUGAGUCUGCACUGGACUUGGUUCGCGUCUACGAAAAGCAGAGUCGCUGUGCACAGCUCGGCUCAGAUGCGAGCGACGCAGCAAAAGCCGAGCAGUGCAGAGCCAUGGAUGCCCAAAAGGCAGCUCUUCUGGCAGCACGAAUGGCCCUGAAGGACCGGGAAUGGGCCCUUGUCGAAGCCAAGCAUCGUGCCCAGCAGCUGGAGGAGGAGCGCUUGCAGCAGGACUGCCGCAUCCGAGCCUUGCAGACAGCCCUUGACAAGGCCGUUUCGUCAAGGACGGAGGCUGAGAAGCGUCACCUGGAAGCAUAUUCUACAGCUGAUGCGGAGGCGGCCGAACAAAGAGGCGAGCUGAGGAGGCGGCUUUCAGCUGCUGAGGUCGCCAGGGACCAGGCGAUGGCUGACCUUGCUGCUGUUGAGGAGCGCAUUGAAGAAGUGCGCCGGUUGGCCGAUCGGCGGGAGGAGGACUUGCUCGCACAAUUGGCCGCUCGGGAAGCAGAGCUGGAGGAGCUCCGCAACAAACCUGGGAACGGCACGGGUUACCCAAGCGAAGCGCCGCCGGACCUGCCGAGCGAGGCGCAGGAGCCUGCCAUUCCCCGCAAGAAGCCCAGCUUCCAUCUUCAGGGAAUGCCCACUGGAGGCUUGACGGAAGAGUCGCACAUCCAGGGAGUGGGCAUGGUCAUGGCUACUCCGCGAUUGCACUACGACCCUCGGCCUGUGCCCGCGCCACCGAAGUCGGGGCCAGCGGACACGAGGCAAGCCAAGAAAUCUGCAAGCGCAGCAAUGCCAAUGGAUCUCAAAUCCUUAGGGAAGCUGCUCAGCGGCGGCGGCAUGCUCGGAAAGCCACAAUCCCUGGCUUCCCCUUCGGGCCAUGUCCGGGGAUUUGGGAAGCCUCCACACCGUGAACGUGGGGUUUCUGCAUUUCCUGCUCUGGAACGAUGUGCUUUGCAGGACCUGGCCUUGCUUGCGGAAGACCAACGACCAUUUAUCUUGUCGAUUCCGAACAUGAAGUAUGCCACUCCAUGUUUGUGGGAUUGCUUGACAUGUGUGCGUGGACGGCGGCAGACGCGGCGAAUUUGGUCGCAGAAUCGCUGCACCCUUGCUUUGCUGGUCAUGCUCUGGUCGCUUUUCCAAGCCGUUGCUUUCAUGGUGGUGAUGUACCCUUUCUCACUGUUAGUGUGUGUCUAUGCUCCCGUCAAGAUGUCGCGUAUCAUGGUCUUCCUGUCGUCCAUACUCUGCGCAAUGUGGGCCGUGGUGUUUGUGGUGUUCACCUCUCUCGUCGACACCCACGCGUAUGCGGUGCUGUGGGGCGUAUCCGAGCCUGGCUCCGACACCAGCUGCCUGUGCCUCUGCGAGUUUCCUCUCAGCAGGCCAGUGGUGUUGCGGAUCGUGGUUCUUGGGAUUGGCGUGUGCUGGCACUCGAUCAAUCUGACUCUGCGAGCCUUGAAAGGGCUUAGGCGUGCACAAUGGGCCAAUAUGUUCAGCGUCCUGUACUCUGUUCCUGUGGAAGCGUUUCCCGUUGUGUGGGAGCGGCCUCAGGAGGCGGGCGGAGGCCCUGUGAAGUGGCGAACGGAGGGCGAGGCUAUGCAGUCGGAGCCGGCCUUCGACCCCUUCUGCCUGAUGGACGAGCAGCCGGAAAGUGCCUGGACUCGGGCCAUCAUUGCACCGGUGCCGGUCAAGGAUGAUUCACGCUUGAGUGUAUGGGAGCCAUACUUGGGCACGCUGGACAUGGAGAUCGGCUGGUGUGGGUUUCCACGCCCGGUGGGUGGCGCAUGGGAAAGGGACACUGACUGCGAGACCGACUCUUUGAAAACCAAGGAGGAGGUGGACUCUGCAGUGCAGGAAGUGGGAAGCACCUCAUCCUGCAGAUCUGACCAAAGCUGUCAGAACGGCACGCCGCAAGGCAUUUGGUCCCGGAAGGUCAAGAAGCGGCCCCCACCUAUGCUUUUCCUCCACACAGAGGUUGAGGAGGACGAGGAGGAUGAAGAGAUGGCUGCCGCUGGUGAUGCGUUCCAAGGUUUGCAAGACUGGGACGUCGAUCUCGGCAUCAACGGCAGCAGGCCUGCUUCAGCCUCCAACACCUUCCAUCGGCGACUCUCGGACGCCCAGGACAUCUUUCACAUGGGAGGCCUGGCAGACCCGCGUCCGCCUACUCCAGCUUCUGGUGCGUCGGGGCCGCCCUCUGCUUCUGCGUCGCGGCAGCCAACGCCAACUGAACAGAGCCAGAGAAGUGCUCCAAGUAUCGUGGGGAGAAGGCUGCUGACCCCAGUUGGCCAUGCCUCCGCCCCAGAAACUUGCAAUGCCUCGGCGAGAAGAUGA